AUGAGCAUUAUACAAGCAAGACGUGCAGAAAUUGUAGAUGCAUCAAAUACAAUCUUGGUAGCACAAGAUUUACAGAAGAUAUGUAGAUAUCCUAAGACUAAGGAUAAAGUUUAUAAUGAACUUAGAGAUAUAUUUGAGGAUGAAUUAUGUUUGAAUUAUAAGUAUAUUAAUAGUUUAAAAUAUGUUGAUAUGUGCAUUAAAGAAUCAUUACGUCUAAUAUCAACUAUACCAUUUUCUUUGAGAACUAUUGUUAUAGAAAGGUUUCUCGAAUGUGAUGAUAUUACUAGAAAUAGUUAUAUACCCUUUGGUAAUAGAGUUAGGGAGUGUUCAGAGAAACAUUUAGCACUAUUUGCUAUGAAAGUAGUAUUUAUUUUAUUCUUAAAGAGAUAUGAUAUUGAAUUAGUUGAUUCUGAG